GGAAAAUUUUGAAAAAAUAAAAUAUUUAAAAAAUCGGAUUAGGAUGAUGGCUAGAUUCAAAAAAGAUGAAGUGACGUGAAAAGUUGAAAACAGAACAUAAAAAGAAAAGAUUAAAAAUAAAUAUGAUUACCGUGGAUUAAGGAGAAGCCUUUAAGGCUGACGUGGAUAGGGUUCAAUUCUCAAACCCUUUUAAUAUAUUCUAAGACUUGUUUAGGUAAGAUUUUUGGUGAAUUUGGAAACUUUAACACACAAAACAUCUUCAAAUAGAUCCCUUAAAAAAAGACACCUAUAACUAGGACGUCUUCAUAGUAUCAUAGAUCUGAUAACGUCCAUCACGCUUGAUUAUGUAGUAGUAAACAUACUAGUUGUUUUAGUAUGUAGUAGUAAACAUACUAGUCGCUAUGACUGGAAUAGUUUGGAAGGUUUUUAUUUAAUUCAAUCAUAAAUAUAUUCCAAACAUAAUUUGGGAUAGUAUUCCAAACAUAUGAAUUAAUUUGAAAAUGAAUUUCACACUGCAGUUCAUUUUGAAUUGAAAUGAACUUAUAUCUAAUAAAAAGAGAAAAGUUGGCGUUUAAGUGAAAUUCAUUAUAAAAACACUAAUGACAAUUCCUCCACCACACAAUCCUUUCCCCGUCUCUGUCCUUCCUCCCUCCAUUAAACUCUCGAGUCUCGACCCUGGCGUGGAGAAAACGACCCACCUGGUCACCUGGAGACGGCGACCGGUCACAGAGACACAGCUGGGGCGAGCGAGGUCGCCGAUGUCGAUGAGCGGCGGACGCUGGACUCGGCGAGUCGUCGACGACCUGAUGCGCGGAAGAGGACGCGGGGGUUGGGCGUCGGGGGUCGCAGAGAUCGCCGGAGUCGUGGGGGUCGUGGGGGUCAUGGGGGUCGCCGGAGUCGCGGAGGGUAAGGCCGACGAGGGUCAAGGAAAGCAGCUGCGCACGGGGUCGACGGAGGAGCAGCGUUGCGCGAGGUCGUUGGGUCGUGGUUGCAAGGUCUGGGUCGGCGGGGAAGGGGGGACGACAGGGGAACUGGGAACAGGAGAAGGUCGUCGUCUCGUCGAAGCCUGAAGGAUUUGGAGGUUGGAGGUGGAUAGGGUUGGUGACUGGUGAGAGGUCGAUGAAAGAGGAAACAAGGUCAUUUUGGUGGAGGCGAAUACUGGGUUGGUGGAACGAUGGUCGGUUACUUCGGUUAGCCGGUUAACCAGCUUUGGUUAUUCGGCUAGUCGAAGUAAUCAUUUUCUCUACUAAACACCAACCGAGCACCCUGACAAUUGAUUUUCGGUUAGCCGAUAAUCGGUGGUUAUCGAUUAAACCGACAAGUUAUCCAUUAACUGAAAACCUAUCAGCCACCCCUAAUGAUGAUUUAGCAAAUGCUAAAUUACAAAUUUGGUCACUCAAAUUAUAUAAAUAUUUUAUGUUUGCUAGCUGAAUUAGUUUUAUUUCUUAUUCGUCACUAACUUUGCUAAUCGUGUCACCGUUAGUCACUAACCGUCCAAUUCCGUUAUAAUCAUCUAAUGUGCCAGUCAAUUAAAUAAUUUGACCGUUA